AUGACCGAAGGGUGCCAAUCUCCGGCACACUGCGGUCUACUACACCAUUGUUCACCAUCAUCAUCUGAUGUCGGAACCACAAUCGACCCUCUUCCCCUGUCUAAACGUCGUCUCUUGCAAGAUGAUUCAGAGAGAGAUCGAGAUGGGGGAAAUUUCAGUCGUCGAAAGGGUCAAAGUCUUAAGCAUUUCCGAAAAAAAUCUGGGAAGAGUUACAACGGAUCUUCGAAAAAGCAACCACUUCCACCUGGUCCAUAUCCAUGGCCAAUAGUCGGCAACCUUUUCCAAAUGGGAAAGAUUCCUCAUAUUCGACUUGCAGAGAUGGCCCAAGUACAUGGACCACUCAUGACGCUUCGCCUUGGUCAACAAAUCACCAUUGUUGGAUCAUCAGCUUCUGCAGCUUCAGAGAUUCUCAAGACCCAUGAUCAUCUGCUUGCUGGUCGAGAUGUACCAAGAUUGCUUCAAGGUAAGGAAUCGAUUGUUCACAAUAUGAAUCUUGUCUUUACAUCAGGAACGGGUGAUGGUUGGAGGAAAAUCCGGAAUCUUUAUGCAUCAAAGAUUUUUUCAAGCAAAGCUUUGGAAUCUCGUGUGGACAUGAGAGAGAAGAAAGUUAUGGAGAUGGUGAAGUACAUAGCUUCAAAAGAUCUUGUGGACUUCGAAGGCAGUGGUAUAGGUGCAGGGAUUAAGGACUCUGUAAGAAGACUUUCUACCUUGGGUGCUCAACCACAAAUAGCAGACUUAUAUCCGAUAUUUGGUCGAUGGGAUCUACAAGGCUGGAAAAAGCAGGUUGUACAGAUCAUAGAACAAGAGCUUGGAACUAUUUGGGAGGAUAUCCUCCAAAAGAAAACAAGUGGAAGUAAUACAUCAUCCGAUCAUCAAGAUUUCACCGAUAUUUUAAUUGAAAAAGGUAGUACACAUCAACAAAUCAAUGCUAUGAUGCAGGAGCUGUUUACGGCUGGCACUGAAUCUAUGAAUUUUACCACCGAGUGGUUAGUUGCAGAGCUUCUCAGAAACCAAGAGAUAAUGCAAAAGGUUAGUGAUGAAGUCAGGAACAAGAUAGAUGGGAAUGUAGUCAAAGAGUCAGAUUUGGUUCAUUUUCCCUUUCUGGAAGCAUGCUUAAAGGAAACCCUAAGAUUGCAUCCUCCAGGACCACUUCUUCUACCUCAUAGAGCUAUGCAAACAUGUGAGGUGAUGGGAUACACUAUUCCAAAAGAUAGUCAAGUGAUGGUUAACAUCUGGGCAAUUAGCCGUGAUCCCAAGAUCUGGGAUGACCCUUUGAGCUUCAAACCUGAAAGAUUUGUGGGAUCGGAGAUGCAUUACAAAGGUAAAGACUUUGAAUACUUGCCAUUUGGUUCUGGGAGAAGAAUGUGUCCCGGAGAGGCAUUGUCAUCGAAGACAAUACUCCUAUCUGUGGCUUCUUUGAUUCUAAACUUUGACUGGUUCCUCGUGAAUAACACAAUGAAUCCCGAAGACCUUAACAUGGAUGAUGCUUUGGAUUUCCCAUUGUACAAGAAAGAACCAUUACAUGUAACUUUCAAGCUCCGUCAUCAGUUGAAGACUUGUUGAAACCACAUCAUGGAAUGGGUUUGAUAACCAAGUGUGUAUGAAAUUCAUCUCGUAACUGGAAGGCCUUUGUGUAUGUGGUGAUCAAAUAAUUAAGAUGUGCUGCGAUUACAUCUUAAAAUGGUGCCUUUGAAAGUAAUGUUAUUUUAGAAAACAUGUUAUUAUGUGUUGUUUGAAUUUUCUAUUUUAUUUGCGAUCAACGUUCUACUCUAAAUUUAUAGGUUAAGUUGAAUAUGUAGC